AUGACAUGCAUAUCGAAUGGCAUGGCCGAGAGUCAAAGAAUGGAGCCAGCCAAGAUUCAACCUCGGCUCGAGGGAUGCGCUUCCCACCCUACGCCGACUUUACCUAGGCUUCUUUCACAUUACCCGCGAACCCCAUCUGCUGCUGCUGCUGCUGCUGGCGCCGUCCCCGAACCUAGCGAGCUUAGACUUGAAAUCGUCUCCGGGGCACUACACGGCUUCUCUGGCUCUACUCUUCUAGCCCGUGGCAUACUUCUCGUCAGCACGACUCGAUUCUGUCCCUUUUCUUCCUCUCUCCUUCUUUCCCCCAUACUCCUCGCCCUCACUCCCGUACACGUGCUCUUCCUGUCGCAAACCGCUUGGGAUGUUGGCAGCAUUUGCAAGGUCCGAGGCAAGGUCUUCCCUACUCAGAGGCAGCUUUGGAUCCUUAAAGACACCAUUGGCUAUGUCGAGGACAAGUCCAAGGGCCCCAUGCUGCGCUUCCAGGACUCUCUCCCGCGCCUGCCCGUUCCGACGCUAGAGGAGACGGCCGAACGCUACAUCAAGACCCUCAAGCCCCUGCUUUCGGCCACCGAGCUGGCUGCCUCCAAGAAGGCGGUCGAGGAGUUCGUCAGGCCCGGCGGCGUCGGCCAAGAGCUGCAGAAGAAGCUCCUGGCGAGGAGAGAUGAUCCCAAGCACAAGAACUGGAUCUAUGAGUGGUGGAACGACGCGGCAUACCUCACGUACAGGGACCCCGUAGUCCCCUAUGUCUCCUACUUCUACUCCCACCGCGAUGACCGCCGCCGCCGCGACCCUGCCAAGCGCGCCGCUGCCAUCUCCACCGCCGUCCUCGAGUUCAAGAAGAUGGUCGACUCGGGCACCCUGGAGCCCGAGUACAUGAAGAAGCUUCCCAUCUGCAUGGACAGCUACCAGUACAUGUUCAACUGCAGCCGUGUCGCCGCCCGCCCCAAGGACUACCCGCUCAAGUUUGAUCCCUCCAAGAACAAGCAUUUCGUCGCGGUCCGAAAGAACCAGUUCUUCAAGGUCACCCACGAGGUGGACGGCCGACAGCUCAACACCUCGGAGCUCGAGGCUCAGUUCCGCCUCAUCUACGAGCGUGCGGCUCGCGUCCCCAGCGUCGGCAUCCUGACCAGCGAGAACCGCGACGUCUGGACCGAUGCGCGCCAGAUCCUCCUCGAUGCCCACUCGGGCAACAAGGCGGCCCUGGAGACGAUCGAGUCCAGCGCCUUCCUCGUCUGCCUGGACGACGCCGCCCCCGUCACCCUCGAGGAGCGCGCCCACCAGUACUGGCACGGCGACGGCGCCAACCGCUGGUUCGACAAGCCGCUGCAGUUCAUCGUCAACGACAACGGCACCUCGGGCUUCAUGGGCGAGCACAGCAUGAUGGACGGCACGCCGACGCACCGCCUCAACGACUACGUCAACGACGUCAUCUUCAACAACAAGCUCGACUUCUCCGACCCCACCGUCCGCUCCAACAUCCCCGAGCCGACCCCGGUCCAGUUCAAGGUCACCAAGGAGGUGCAGGCCGAGAUCGACCGCGCGACCCGGGACUUCCACGACGUCAUCGGCCAGCACGAGCUCGCCAUCCAGGCCUACCAGGGCUACGGCAAGGGCCUCAUCAAGAAGUUCCGCUGCUCGCCCGACGCCUACGUCCAGAUGGUCAUCCAGCUCGCCUACUACAAGAUGUACGGCAAGAACCGCCCCACCUACGAGUCGGCCGCCGUCCGCCGCUUCCAGCAGGGCCGCACCGAGACCUGCCGCUCCGUGUCCGAGGCCUCGGUCGCCUGGUGCAACUCGAUGGCCGACCCGGCCGCGGACGACAAGACGCGCGUCGACCUCUUCCGCAAGGCCGUCGCCUCCCACGUCGAGUACAUCACGGCCGCCUCGGACGGCAAGGGCGUCGACCGCCACCUCUUCGGCCUCAAGAGCCUGCUCGAGCCCGGCCAGGAGGUGCCCGCCAUCUACAGGGACCCGGCCUACGGCUACAGCAGCUCGUGGUACCUGUCCACCAGCCAGCUGAGCUCCGAGUACUUCAACGGCUACGGCUGGAGCCAGGUCAUCGACGCCGGCUUCGGCAUCGCCUACAUGAUCAACGAGAACAGCCUCAACUUCAACAUCGUCUCCAAGGGCCAGGGCAGCAACCGCAUGAGCUUCUACCUCAACGAGGCCGCCGGCGAGAUCCGCGACCUGAUGCUGCCCACCGUCGAGCCGCCCAAGGCCAAGCUAUAG